AUGCCCGACACCCCCGACCUGUACGAGACCCUGGAGAUCCGGUACCCGCCCCCCCGGGCCCGCGGGGACCCCCGGCCGGCCCUGCCGCCGCCACCGGCGUGGUCCCCGCGGUGUCCCGGGUGUCGCCGGGCGCUGGGCACGGCCGCGCUGCUGCUGCUGGCGGUGGCGCUGGCGGCGCUGGGCACCCUCUACGUGCAGGGCCGGGGGGAGCUGCGGGCGGCACGGGCAGAGCUGGCAGCGGCCACCGACCCCCUGGGACCCGACAGUGACGGUGACAGCCCCUCAGCGGCACAGCGGCGGCAGGACCGGCUCGGCCGGUGGCUGCAGGAGCUGGCGCUGGGCUGGCGCUACCACCGGGGUAAGAUUUACCUGUUCUCGGGCCAGCGGCAGCCCUGGGCCGCGGCCGAGGCCGCCUGCGCGGUGACACACGCGCACCUGGCCUCUGUCACCAACGCCGAGGAGCAGGCCUACCUGGCCCGCGAGGCCCGUGGUGGCACCUACUGGAUCGGGCUGGCGGCCACGGGCCCGGGGGGCUCCUGGCGCUGGGCGGACGGGACCCCCUAUUCCCCGGAGCGCAGUUUCUGGGCUCCGGGCCAGCCGGACAGCACCGACCACGGCCGCUGGGGAGGGGAGAGCUGCGCCCAGAUCCACCCGGUGGGCGCGGGGCUCUGGAACGACCACAACUGCAACUUCAGCUUCCCCUGGGUGUGCCAGAGGGAGCUCAGCAUCCCCUGAUGUCCCCUCGGGGUCCCCUGAUGUCCCCUUGCGGUGCCUUGAUGUCCCCUCGGUGUCCUCUGAUGUCCCCUCAGUGUACCCUGAUGUCCCCUCGGGAUCCCCUGAUGUCCCCUCGGGGUGCCCUGAUGUCCCCUUGGGGUCCUCUCGGUGUCCCCUGAUGUCCCCUUGGGAUCCCCUGAUGUCCCCUCGGGGUGCCCUGAUGUCCCCCUCGGGGUCCCCUGAUGUCCCCUCAAUGUGCCCUGAUGUCCCCUCGGUGUUCCCUCGGUGUCCCCUGAUGUCCCCUCGGUGUCCCCUCGGGGUCCCCAGAGAGCUCUCCCCAGGGAGGGGGUUGGGAGACUCUGGAAAUAGUGAGGUGAUCCCACUGAUCCCGAAGGAUUCCUGGAUCCAGGGGGCUCAGAUCGUCCCAAAGCAGUGGGAUGAUCCCUUCCAUCCCGUGGGAUCAUCCCUCUUAUCCAAAGGGUUCAUCUCCCCCUGUCCAAGGGUCUGACCCCCCCAAUCCAAUGGAAUGAUCCCCAUUAUCCAGAGGGAUCACCUCCCCCCAUUUAGGGGUCUUAUCCAGUGGGAUCAUCCCCCAAAACCAGAGGGAUCAAUCCCCCAAAACCAGUGGGAUCAAUCCCCCCUAUUCUGGGAUCUCAUUCCCCCUAUUUAGGGAAUUCAUCCCCCAAAACCAGUGGGAUCAAUUCACCAAUCCAGAGGGGUCAUCCCCCCUUAUUUAAGGAUCUCAUCCCCCUUAUCCCGUGGGAUCAUCCCCCAAAACCAACAGGAUCUCAUCCCCAUAUCCAGAGGGAUUAAUCCCCCAAAACCACAGGGAUCAAUCCACCAAAACCAGAGGGAUCAAUCCCCCAAAACCAGAGGGAUCAUCCCCCCUUUUUUAGGGAUCUCAUCCCCCUUAUCCCGUGGAAUUAUUCCCCAAAACCAACGGAAUCAUUCCCCAAAACCCAUGGGAUCUCAUCCCCAUAUCCAGAGGGAUCAUCCCCCAAAACCAGUGGGAUCUCAUCCCCAUAUCCAGUGGGAUCAUCCCCCAAAACCGGAGGGAUCAAUCCCCCAAAACCAGAGGGAUCAAUCCCCCUAUUUAGGGAUCUCAUCCCCCAUAUCCAGUGGGAUCAUCCCAAUCCAAGGUGUCCCCAACCCCAAUCCAGGUCCCCCAUCCUGGUGUCACCCUCCCCACCCACACCCCAAAUUCCUGAUUAAAGUGCCCCAUCCCCCCC